UCAACAUCACACAACACAUUCAUUACAAUUAUUUUUUACAUUAUUUUUCUCAAAUUUCAUCAAUCACCCAAAUUACUGUGGAUUAACCGCUUACAAUCCCACCAUGGGAAAGAAGCCUGACGAACCAGAGGAUGUCACGAAUAAGCCACUACCUUCGAUGAGUGAACCCACGGAGGUUCAAGAUGAUGUAGCAUCUACUCUAGCAACGCCAUUCGCGCAGCCAAUAAUCACUGCUUCAAAAUCGAAAGCCCAAAAACAACGUGAGUACAGACAGCGUAUCAAAGCAUCUAGAACUCCUGCUCAGGCGGCUGCUGCCAGAAAAGCGAAAAACGAAAGACAACGCAACAACAGAUUACGCCAAGCUGCUAACUUGGCAGCUGCGACGCUAUUUGCAGCACCAACAACUGCUGCUCCAAAAACAAGGGCACAAAUACAACGUGAGUACAGACAGCGGAUUGCUGCAUCCCAAACUCCUGCCCCAAAAACAAGGGCACAAAUACAACAUGAGUAUAGACAGCGGAUUGCUGCAUCCCAAACUCCUGCCCCAAAAACAAGGGCACAAAUACAACGUGAGUACAGACAGCGUAUCAAAGCAUCUAGAACUGCUGCUCAGGUGGCAGCUGCAAGAGAAGCACGUAAUUUAAGAGAACGAAACAACAGAUUACGCCAAGCUGCUAACUUGGUUAUUGCCAGUGGUACACUAGAAGCGUCAACUACAUCCUCAUCUCGUUCAGGGCAAAGGUUCAACACCGUCCAUAUUGAUACUCAACGACAAUUCACCGACCAACCACGUCAAACUUUAGCAACAGAACCAGCAGAAACUACUCUACAAUCAAGUACUUCUUCAGAUCAAAUUGAGGUUCAAGCACAAUCUACUUGGAACACUAAAUGGUCAUCAUCAAUCAUAAGAUUCGAAUCUACUUCUUUGGACAACGAUUUUGGCCACGCUUGCUCGGUCGACCUUAAACCCACUGCAGCACAGCUGAAGUUAACAAUGCAACAAAGUAAUGCUGCAGUGAAAACCGAGAGACAAGCCCAUGUUAACAAUUGUGACUUUGCACAAGUUUACAUUGAACCUAAAGCAGAAUUCUUAAAAGAAUGUUCACGAAUAAACCAAGAUAAGUGUCAAGAGACAAGUGCUAGUACUGUUGAGAAUGAAGAAGCAAAACCUCUUAUAUACGAGGGGCCUUACAGAGGCUUAUGCCAACAAUGUAAUCAAAGAUUCACAAAUCUGCUCCAAUUUCAAUACCAUAUGAAAACCAUGCAUGAUGAGGAAGAACCAUCCAAACUGAAUAAGUGCAAUAUAUGCCUUUAUGAAUUUGUAAAUAAUUCAGCCUUGGUUAACCAUAUGAGACUGCAUACGGGUGAAAAGCCUUUUGCAUGUGAAACGUGUGGUAAAAAAUUUGCUUUCAAAGUCGCUUUGGUCAGACAUUAUUGUAUUGACGGUGAGCAGCCCUACAUGAGAAAGGUGACAAUAGAAAAACCAAAAGUUUGUGAUGUAUGCCAUGCUCAAUUCAAAAGUAACACUAGUUUGAAUAAGCAUAAGAGGAAGCAUACAAGCCUAAAACCCUUUGGAUGUAACAUGUGUCACAAAAAUUUCAGGUUUAAAACCGCUCUCGUCUCACAUGUCUGUAUUAAUGAUGCAAAACCUAAAAUAAAAACCGAAAAUAGUGAGUUUGAGAUGACUAUAGAACCAAUAGGUAAUAUAGAAACUGUUAAAGUGGAGAAAAUUGAGAGCGAGACAGAUAUAGAAGUGAAGGAUAGGAUAGAUAUAAACCAUAGAGUUGAGAAAUCUAUAGAACCCAUAGAUAAUAUAAAAAUUGCCAAAGUAGAAAGUAUUGAGACAGGGACAGAUAUAGAUGCGAAGGAUAGGGUAGAGAUAAAGAUAGAAAGAGAUGAGUUGGAGUUGGGAGACACAGGUAUGGCAGAAAUAAUGAUAGAAGCAAUUAAGACAGAGAUUAAAGAGGAGUACUAAAACGGAGUUAGAAAAGAACGGUGAUGGCCUGGUAGUGCACGGGCGUGGCAGAACGAGAGCGCCAUUUGGGAUGCCCAAC